AGCGCCCUCAGUGAAAAAAAUUGUAAAAGUCGCAAGUUGUCCCCACGUCAUGCAAAGUUUUUCCGUAUUUUUUAGUUAAAGUUAUGAAAACUGCAAUUUUCCUCGUUCUUGUGCUGUUAUUUAGUAGCUCAGGAGCCUGGGAUAGUGUAGAGUUGGAAAUAUUUGAUCUCGUUGAAGAUAUUAAUGAAAAUUUUUACACAUUGCUCGGAAUUACCCAGAAUGCUACGACAUCUGAGGUAAAACGAGCCUUUCGAACGCUUUCUGUGAUUCUGCAUCCGGAUAAAACAUCAGCCGAAGAUGCCAAUGAGAAAUUUCGCAAUCUCGUUGCAGUCUACGAGGUGCUUAAGGAUCCGGAAAAGCGCGAGAAAUAUGACCAAGUGCUCAAAAAUGGGCUGCCCAAUUGGAAGUCCGGUCUUUACUACUACCGGCGCUUCCGAAAAAUGGGAAUGGCCGAGAUGGUAUCGAUACUCUCGCUGAUAAUCACAAUUGGGCAGUAUUUAAUUUCCUGGGCGGUGUACUUUGAGAAGAAGUACACAGCUGAGCAGAUUUUGGGGAGUAAAAUCAAGAAAAUUCAGAAGAAGCAGAAGAGUACCAUUGAUAUGGAUAAGAUACUCAUGGAGAUUCCCAAACCUAGCAUUUUCCAGACACUUCCCUUCCAAAUUCCACUGUUCUUCUGGAAUUUCCCACGGAAGAUGAGGCAGUCUUAUCGGGAAUACCGGGAAGUGAGGCAGCAGCAGUUGGAGGAGGAGGAGCGUGAGCAGGAAGAGGAAAAGCGUCAGCAGGAAAUGGUUGAGAAGAUACUGAAACAGAAGGAAGAGGCCAAGGGAUUGAGGAAAAGAAAAGCAUUCGUGGUGCCAGAGAAGACAGACGAAGAGCUUUCAGGGUAUACCAAUGUGAUGUCCAAAGUCGCACCAGAUGGCCAUGUACGUCCUGUUCAUGCCCAAGCGCCCGUGUCUGGUGGCCUAUGGACAGAUGAUGAUCUAAAUGAAUUGGUGAGAUUGGUCAAGAAAUAUCCAGGAGGAACGCCAGAUCGCUGGGAAAUAAUAGCCAAUGCCAUGAAUCGAUCGAUUCCGGAAGUGACCUUUAUGGCGGCUAAACUCAAGGAUAAUCCCUUGAAAGCACAAAAUGCCACGGAAAGUGAAGAUUUUGCGCACACAAAGACCAAACAAAAGACUCAGGAUGCAAAUCAGCUGAUAAUCCCCGUGACCAAUUGGAGUCAGCAGCAGCAGCAAGCCUUGGAGGCUGCUAUUGUCAAAUAUCCCAAAGGAGGAGCCGGAGACCGUUGGCAGAAGAUAGCCAAUUGUGUCCAGGGCAAAAGUCGGGAGGAGUGCAUGGCUAGGUAUAAGUAUCUGGUGGAGUUGGUGAAGAAGCAGCGAGAAGAACCAGUUCCAGCUGAGCAGAAAGAGGAAGCCACCGAGGAAGAACCCGAAGUAGCAGAAGUGACGGAAGAAGAAGAAGCACCUGAGGAGAUUGAGGAGCCACCAGAAGAGGAAGUUCCUAAGCCAAAGGGCCGAAAUAGACGACGGGAACGGAAGAAAUUAGCAGAAUUGACCCUUGAGGAAUAUGAAGAUUUCAAUUAAAAUCAAUCCAACAAAUUGUAAGAAUUGAAAUAAAUUGCCACGUGAGACAUUGAA